AUGGGAACCAGUAACUCUAAGGGCGCUCACUGGCAGAGGGACUCCGAGGCUCCCUCGUGUCAUAGGUGUGCUGUCACAUUUUCUCUUAGCACACGACGCCAUCACUGUCGCAAUUGCGGCUACGUAUUUUGUAGGAAUUGCUCAAACUUUAGUUGUACCAUUCCAACGCGUGGAGCCCAUCUCUCUGUACGUGUCUGCAUUGAUUGCUUCCACAUAUUACGCAAGGACGGUAAUGGGGCUUUUGUAGCAGGAGGGUUGAGUCGGGGUAGUGAGUCUAUACACUCCGGCAUGGGUGAGCGCAACGAGGCAAGUUUCCUAGAGCAUGAAUCGCACCUGAACAUGAGCACAACGUGGAAUGAGGAAGUUAAUCAUGAAGAUAGUUAUUUUAUGGGGCCCGGAGGUUGGGUAACAAAAAACGCUGAUGGUGGUUUCAAGGGGUCCGAUGCGUACUACGGCAACCACUCCCGAGCUGUGGAGCAUCUGACACAUACUCGUGUAGAGGAUGAUAAAAUGGUCUCCCAGGUGGAGAAGGAGCGCCUUGUAAAUCGUUGGGAAGAGGUUCGCCAGCGUGCCCUAUUUACUGAUAUCUUGCUUCAGCAGGUAGAAAUUGUUGAGGAGAAUACAGAUGUGGACUAUUUUAGGGAAAUCGGCGACAUCAAAGUACAACCAGAACACCCUGAUAUCCUUACAGCCAUGUUUCAAUUUCCAGAGGCCGAGGAAGGGAACGCCAAUCUGUUGAUGGAGCCCGUUGAUCCACGUAUAUUGGAGCCCCAGGGGGGAUGCGAGUGCGUCAGUGAGGAUUUGGGGCAACUGGCAACGCUGCUUUUUUUACCUCCCGCUAAGUUAAUCAAAAAGAGUGACUCAAGGCUACUUCGGCAGUGCUAA